AUGUGGCUCACAAAGUCCAGACUCCUUCUCUUUGUCUUCUCUCUCGCCGCCGCCUCUCCCGCGCCUUGCAACUUCUCCGCUCCGGCCGUGUGGGCCGUCUACGAUGUCAUCGUCGUGGGCGGCGGUCCUUCGGGCAUCGCCGCCUUGAGCGCCCUCGCCCGGGUUGGUCGCAGGGCCUUGAUGCUCGAUUCAGCCGAAUACCGCAAUGCACGAACCCGACGCAUGCACGAUGUGCCUGGCUCUGACGGGGUUACCCCGUCCUACUUCCGAUGGGCCGCCAUGCAGCAGAUCCGCCGCUACGGAACCGUCCAAGGCACAAACGGGACCGUGGUCGAGAUCCGGUCUUCGGCAGACGACGAGUUCUUUACGGCCGACGUCAGGCUCUUCAACAACACCUGCGCAUCGUAUACCGCGCGCAAGAUCAUACUCGGGACCGGUCUGCGCGACCUUCUCCCCCAAACACCGGGCCUCGAGGAAAACUUUGGAAAGGGCAUCUACUGGUGCCCGUGGUGCGACGGCAUGGAGCACGCAGGCCAGCCGAUGGGCAUCCUGGGCUCGUUUGAGCAGGCCGUCGGGGCCGUCGGCGAGGUGCGCACGCUGCAUUCCGAUAUCAUCGUCUUCGCCAACGGCACCGACACGCCCGAGAACCGGGCACGCGCGGACAAGACGUUUGCGCCCAAUUCUUCUGCGUAUCUGCAGAAACUCAAGGUCAAGGUGGACAACCGCACCAUUACCGGCAUCACGCGGCUCCGAGACGGUGCCGAUGCCCACGCGGACCCCAAGCUGCCCUCGAACCCCGAGCAUGACCUCUUUGAUGUCGAGCUCGCCGGCUCUUCGGGUGUGGAGCGUGUGCAGCGCGCUGUUCUCUUCGCCAACUACCCCAGUGGGCAGCGAUCUACGCUCGGAAAGAACACGGGCGUCGAGCUGCGCAGUGACAGGAUGGCUGUGGACAGCAACAUGCGCACCCGUGUCCCCGGCAUCUACGCCGUCGGAGACGCAAACUCGGACGGCAGCACCAAUGUCCUGCACGCCUUGUACACUGGCAAGAGGGCCGUCGUCGACAUCCACGUGGAACUGGAGAAGCAAGUCAGCAAAGACCUGGUUGCUCGUGCUUCCAAGGGGGACGACGAGGAAGCGCUGCGCCGGCUUUGGACAAGAGUCAACGGCGAGCCCGGCGAUUUACUGUACGCUGGCGAGUACCGGUAG